GCGCUUAAGGUGGACAGCAGUCGUCUGCGCUCCCUGUUGGAUAGAACGGCCAACUAUUCCACAGGAGGAACUCGAAAAGAGACCUCAUAUCAGGCCAAGGGACCAGCGCUUAAGGAGGACCAAAGACAAAGUCCUGUGAGGCUCGUGUAGGGUAGAAAAGCAGCGGUUCCUUUGGAACUUGGGAGUGGACCCUAUACCAGAACCAGGGCCGAACACUUAAGGUGGAGCCGCUGUCUUUCUGCAGUACUAUAUCUGAAAGGCCCGGCUGGCGGUUCCUUAAGAGCUCGGAACUCCCGGAGGAAAGAUAGAACGCGACCGUCGUCGCCGCUCUCGUGCCGAAGCGGAGAAGAGCCCGGAAAGAGGCAGUCGUUGUGCGGGUCGCGUGAGGACGGGAAGCAGUCCCGCAUGAGUUGCUGCGCGCGCGAGACCGCGAGCCCGUCCGGCUGCCGCCUUUUAGGCGGUGUUCGCGCCGUUUUUCUGGCAUGUCUGACAGCAGGUUGUUGUCUUCGCCUUCAGAACCACGUUUGAAGAGGUCCACUUUGUUGCAGUCGUCGCGAUGACACGCAUGGCCCUGCUUCUGCCAGUGCUGCUGGUUUUCAGAGCUGUUGCUGCUCUCAAUGUACAAGUCCCAGACCAUCCAGUGGUGGCGCUGUUUGGACAGGACGCCACCCUUAACUGCUCCUUUGGACCCACUGGGCCGUUCAACCUGUCGGACCUGAGUGUGUUCUGGCAACUGACGGACACCAAGCGCAGCGUGCACAGCUUCUGGGAGGGUCGCGACCAGCUGACUGAACAGGCCGAGGGCUUCGUCAACCGCACGAGCUUGUUCCCCACCCAGCUGCACUCCGGCAAUGCUUCAUUGCUCCUGCGCGACGUGCGCAUCGCUGACGACGGUGCCUUCACCUGCUUCGUGAGGGUCAAGACUUACAGCAGUGCUGCGCUUGUGCUGCAGGUCGCAGCUCCUUACACCAAGCCGCAUGUGACGGUGUCGCCGGACUCGAACCUGCGACCUGGGGACGAGGUGUUCCUUACCUGUGUGGCGUACGGGGGCUUUCCCCAGGCCCAGGUGCUGUGGCAGGACGGGGGCGGCCGCAACCUGACAGACAAUGUGACCACAUCUCAGGUGGCCAACGAGGAGGGCCUUUUCAGCGUACUCAGCAUUCUGAUGGUGGAGGCGGAGCCCAACAGCACCUACAGCUGCCGGCUGCGGAACCCGGUGCUGGGGGAGGAGGCCCACACCUCUGUCACCAUCACAGGUCCAAGCUCGGGGUUCCCACUGGUGGCACUAUGGGUGACUGUGGGCCUUGCGGUCUGUCUUCUGGCAUUGCUUAUCGCCCUAGCCGUGGUGUGCCACAAGAAGAUCAAGGAAAGCUGUAAAGAGGCCAAUGCAGCCGAAGAAGGUAAAGAGCUGGAAGAGGAUGAAUCGAAGACAGCCAUGACACAGCUGAAAGACACUGCAACAAGCUAAAGAAGCUCAGGCAUGAAGAACGACCGGUCGACAGCAAUCGGAUUUUGUCUUGACCACGCCUCUUCAUCACAGGAGACCAAACACAGAUUGUCGAAGACGAGAUGACAUAGUGUCUGUAGACAUCCUCCUUCCUCAACCUUCUUCUCGAAAGGGCUUUAAUCAACUGAAGUCCAUGCUUUUAAUAGUUUGAGUUCCUUUUUUUCUAUGUAAAGACUGCUUUAUCAUUGUUCCCAGAAGAACUGAUUCAGUUAUUGCAUUCUGCUAUCUCUCCCAUAUAGAGAAAUUUGGUGUUCCUGUAAACUCUAGAAGGUUUCCUAAGUCUCUCAUUAGGAGUAGACAUGAAACAUACUUAAGUUUCAUAAUGACAGAUGCCAUACAAAUGCACCAUAGAUUAAAGAACCAACCAAACUGUCAGUUUUUUCUCAGUGCUCUUUAAAUUUAAAGAUAAUAUCUAGUGGAAGACCUCUAGAGUAAUUGAACUUGAAGGAGCAAUGGGUAAAGCUAGGAAGGUUACCUGUAAGAAGCAGUCUGCCACCCUAUUAACCACAAGCAACCAAAGAGCUCACAUUUGUCGAGUCAGAAAACUUGUAAAAUAACACAAGCUAAACUGUAUUGCACUACUCAUUGUGCCUGGGAUUGUGCCUGAGUAAAUUUUUUUCCUGAGUUCUUCCUCUUCUCUAAUCCCUAAUCCUUUCCUUCCUAGGUUCAUUCCUUCCCGAGUCCCUUCCUUCCAAAGUUUCUUCUAACAGUAUUAUAGCAAAAUCCAAAAAUCUCUUGCGAAAGCUUGGAGUAACAUGGAUUUCUCCUCUUGUGUUCACUAUGUUUUAUGCAGCAUUCGAGAACAGACUAAGAACAGAAUACAGCUCCUCUGUGUUGUUCUUGCGCAUUUCAAGCCCAAACAUCUUUACGACAAAUGUCAGCAUUUCAGUGUUUUAUGUCUCUGAAUGGCUCUCCUGUGAUAUAGCCAGUGCAUGUUUACAUUAAAAUUCAUUCAGAAAGCCUUA